UUGCCUUUACGCCCACAGAUGGCAAAGGGAUUAAGAGCCUGGUCUGCAGGAGAAGGACGUAUUGUGGAUGCUGCAGCCGAACCCUGCUCACGGGCUCUGCACUCGGAGAGAUGAACCCUAAACUGCCCCAUGUGCUGCUGGUGGGAGCUGCUGUGGUGAUCCUGGCUCUGUCCUGCGUGCUGCUGACCAGGGGUAGGCGAUCCCCCAGCUGUGAACCCCAGCCCCGCACCGAGGAGGAGACGGGAUCCACGAGCCAGAGCCUGGUCUUUGCAGACCUGACCCCCAUGGAGCUGACCCAAGUGGUGCGGUACCUGCAGGCACACCUGGGGCUGCCGCUGGUGGAUGCUGCAUGGGCAAAGCCCUCUGACAACUGCAUUGCCUCCGUGGGCCUGCAGGUCCCGGCCAAGGCAGAGGUGCUGCGGUUCCUGGACGGGGCAGGGGCUCGUCCCCCCCGCGAGGCGCUGGCUGUGCUCUACUUUGGGGCCCAGGCAGAGCCCAACGUCACCGAGUACGUGGUGGGGCCGCUGCCGACGCCGGUGUAUCACCGGGACGUGACGGUGCGCAGGUACGGGGGGAAGGUUCCGUACCACCGCAGACCGAUGCUGCACAGUGAGUACAAGCAGGUGGAAGCUUUCCUGAAGACGGUGGCGUUUGCUGCAGCCCCAACCUUCCUGAAGGAAAUCCUCGAAUACGACAGCACCAAUGUGGUGUUUGAGAGCGCAGCCCCUCGAGGAUUCCAGUCUGGAGACCGCAAGUCCUGGUUCGCCCUGUUUCAGAACGUGAGCGGGUUCUUCGUGCACCCGGUGGGGCUGGAGGUGCUGGUUGACCACAGCAGCUUGGACAUCUCCCGCUGGGCGGUGAGCAGGGUCUUCUACAACGGGCAGUACUACAGGGACAUGGUGCAGCUGGAGAGCAGCUACGUGCAGGGCCGCAUCAGUGUGCAGAAGGUGAGGAGAGCGCCGCGGGACGGGGACUUCUCAUCCAUGAAGCCACGAGCGCCUUCGGCCGCACCGUUCCCUUUGCAGUAUGAGCCGCAGGGUCCCCGCUACAGCGUCAGGAACAACCACGUCCUCUACCAGGCAUGGAGCUUUGCCUUUGGGAUGAGCGUGAGCACAGGCCUGCGCCUGUUUGACGUGCGGCACAAGGGGGAGAGGGUUGCCUAUGAAAUCAGCAUCCAAGAGGCCAUGUCCGUGUACGGCUCCAACUGCCCCGCAGGGAUGUCCACCAGGUACAUGGACGGCAGCUUCGGCAUCGGGCGCUACAGCUCGCCCUUGGUGCGAGGGGUCGACUGCCCCUAUUUAGCAACGUACCUGGAUGUGCACUUCCUCGCUCAGUCCCAGGUGCCUCAAGUCACUAAAGGAGCCAUCUGCAUCUUCGAGCAGAACGUGGGGUCCCCGCUCAGGCGCCACUACUCCAACCUGCAGGCGCUGUACUACGGGGGGCUGGUCAACUCCGCUCUGGUCCUUCGCUCCAUUGUGACCGUGGGCAACUACGACUACAUCUGGGACUUCAUCUUCUACCAGAACGGGGCCAUUGAAGGCAAGGUCCAGGCCACGGGGUACGCGAGCUCCUCCUUCUUCUAUGGGGAUGGCCUGCGAUACGGCAACAGGGUUUGGGAGCACACGUUGGGUACGAUACAGACCCAUUUCAUCAACUAUAAAGUGGACUUGGAUGUAGGAGGGGUGAAGAACUCCCUGGUGGCUCAUGACAUGGCCUUCGAGGUGGUGCGAGCUCCCUGGAACCCAGAGCAGCAGAUAGAGCGGCCACGACUCACCAAGAAGGUCCUGGACACAGAGGACCAGGCUGCCUUCCGGCUCCAGGCUAAGAUGCCCAGAUACAUCUACUUUGCAGCCAACAGCAAGAACAAGUGGGGCCACCAGCGUGGCUACAGGAUCCAGGUCACCAGUUCUGCAGGGGACCAUGUCCCCGAAGGCAGCUCCAUGGAGAGGGCCAUCAGCUGGACAAGGUACCAGUUGGCUGUCACCCGCCGGAAGGAGGAGGAGCCCACCAGCACCAGCAUCUACAACCAGAAUGACCCCUGGACACCCACCGUUGCCUUCGCUGACUUCAUCAACAAUGAGACCAUCACCAACGAGGACCUGGUUGCCUGGAUAACCGCUGGUUUCCUUCACAUCCCGCACUCGGAGGAUAUUCCCAACACUGUGACAGUAGGAAACUCGGUUGGCUUUCUCCUGAGACCCUACAACUACUAUGACCUGGACCCCUCCAUAUACUCGCAUGAUGGGGUGUUCUUCACCAGUGAGCAGGAUUUCACGGCCUGUGAAGUCAACCCCAUUGCGUGCCUGCCCCAAGCUGCCUCUUGCUUGCCAAGCUUCCCCCCAUUCACCUAUGAUGGUUUCCAAAACACAAGCAGGCUUUAAUGCCAGAGGACAUGGGGGGGGGGCACAGAGAGCCCAGGCUGCCUGCUCUGUCUGUGUUUUGGUGGAGCUGUCUCAGUUGCAGUUGUGCAACAACUUCACUCUUUCCCAUUGCUUUAAGGUAGUGCUCUGUAAAAGGGCAGCAGGAUCCUCCCGGCGUGGUGCCACCCGGGAGGUCUGUGUGAGCUCUGUUACUGCUGCAUUGGAGUCUGUGGCAGAGGGGAAGCCAGGACAAACCCUGUUCCUCUGCUGCAGAAGCAAGUGCUGUGUAGUGCCUGUGUCGGGUUAAGAGAAUGAAAAUGGUUCUGGCCCAGUG